AUGCGCAACGGGGCCUCGAAGCCCAUCGACAAUAACCCCUCCGAUGACAUAUGUCCCGUCUGCAAGUCGAACCGCUACCUCAACCCCUCCCUCCAAUUCCUCAUCAACCCAGAAUGCUACCACAAAAUGUGCUCCACCUGUGUCGACCGCAUCUUCACCUCCGGCCCCGCCUCCUGCCCCGUUCCCUACUGCGGCAAAACCCUGCGUAAGAAAGGGUUUCAUAAAGCAUUCUUCGGCGACCUGAAGGUAGAACGCGAAGUCGAUAUUAGGAAACGAGUAGGCGCGGUGUUCAACCGGAGACAGGAUGAGUUCGAGACGUUGCUCGAUUACAACAACUACCUCGACGACGUAGAGUGUCUGAUCUUUGAUUUGGUGCAGGGGACGAAGGAGGAGAAGACCAAGGCGGAAGAGAGGCUGAAGGCAUAUAGGGAGAGUAAUAUGGGGGACAUUGAGGAGAAUCGGAGAGCGGGGCUGGAGGAGAUUGAGAUGGAGAAACGGAGGGAGAAGGCUGAGAAGGAGGCAGCGAGGCAGAGGAGGAUGGCUGUUUUGAGGGAGGAGGAAGAGGAGAAGCUGGAUGUAGCCAAGAGUAAGAGGGAUGUGUUGGAGAGGCUGGCGAAUACCGAUGAGGAUGCCAACAAGAUUACGCAGCAGGCUCAGAAGAUUAUUCUGAAGAAGAGCUCUGCUAGGAGGACUUUGGCGGAGGGUGCGGAGAGUAAUGGGAGCGCGAGGGAUCCAGGACUCACGCUUAGGGGGCUCAAAAAGAAGGAGGCUCCUGUUGCUGAGAAGCCUUACGAUCCUUUUGGAGGAGUGGAUCUUACGCCUUCACGUUAUGUUCUGCAGGGCGACUACGACAAUGAGUGGUUGUCGAAUGCAAAGAGCGAUAUACGACAUAUGGCAGGAGGCUACAGUCUACAGGAGUACUAUGCUAGAACUAUGUUCGAAGCGUUUUCCGGGCUCGGAGUCUUUAUAGAAGACGAGGUAGCUGGUCGAAGUUUGCCAGCAGCACCUGCGAGUGUAGGAACUGCUGCCGCAGUUGAAGCAUCAGCUGGCAAAAUGAAGAUCGAGCACAAAAUGGAGCUGGAUGAUGUUUUCUGA